ACCUGGAGUCAAACAAACACCUUGAAGCUCUAAUCGGCCAAAAACUGAACGAUGGCAUCAGGUCUGCUUCUGUGCCCAGUGUUGCUGGCUAUAUUGCUGGUCUCUCCUGAAGAGACUGGGGCCUACCCUAUGAUUCCACUAUCCAGUCUUUUCACAAACGCUGUGCUCAGAGCACAGUACCUACACCAGCUUGCUGCGGACAUUUACAAAGAUUUUGAGCGUACCUAUGUUCCCGAUGAGCAGCGUCACUCCAGCAAAAACUCCCCGUCAGCAUUUUGCUACUCUGAGACUAUCCCUGCUCCCACCGGCAAAGAUGAGGCCCAACAGCGAUCAGAUGUGGAGCUGCUUCGGUUUUCCCUGGCUCUCAUCCAAUCCUGGAUUAGCCCCCUGCAGUCCCUGAGCCAUGUUUUCACCAAUAGCCUGGUGUUCAGCACCUCUGACCGAGUGUUUGAGAAACUGAAAGAUCUGGAGGAAGGCAUUGUGGCUCUCAUGAGGGACCUCCUUGGCGGUUUUGGAGGUUCUACUUUGCUGAAGCUCACUUAUGAUAAGUUUGAUGUCAACCUAAGAAACGAUGAAGCUCUGUUUAAAAAUUACGGGCUUUUAAGUUGUUUUAAGAAAGAUAUGCACAAAGUGGAGACGUACCUGAAAGUGAUGAAAUGCAGGCGUUUUGUGGAAAGCAACUGUACCCUGUAGAAAAGAGCAGGCAUGCGUUAAAAACGGUCUUACUCUAUUAUAUUAUUAAAAUGAAGCUAUAGCAAUGGGAA